AUGAAACAUUUUCUCGAAGUAUAUAAUUCCUCAACACAUUCUACAACAGGACAUACACCAAAUUCAAUGACACAACAACAAGAAGAAAAGUAUAUACAAAAGAAACGAAGCCAAACACAAAAUAUCAGAAAUUCAACACAAUUUACCCUCAUUCCUGGUACAAAAGUUCGUGUAGUUCUUGACGACAAACCGUUGACAAAGAAACGUUUAAGGUUAAGUCGAAAUUAUUAUAUCGUAGACUCUACGCAAGGUAAUGGAUAUCUUAUAAAAGCUGCCGACGACUCUAUUGCGUUUUAUCCUCAACAUAAAUUAGUCGAAAGUAGUAAUGGCAAACUUGCUGAAACCAUUGACGAAGCAAAGCGAGGAGUGGUUAUUGAAAUACUUGGCUACAACAUAAACGAUGACACUUAUAAAGUAAGAUAUGAAGGAGGCGUUGAAGAUGUUAUACCAUCUAAGAACUUGAGAGAGUCGAAGCCAACACAUCUGGGACCAUUAGAGCGGGAGUACUGGAAAGACAAAAAUAUGCCAGAAAGAAUAAGAAAAUUCUUCUAA